GCGCAUAGGUGUACGACGUGUACGAAAUGAGCCAACGAGCCCAACGAAGCUACCUUCCGUGUCUCCGUGUCGUAACCGUCGUAACCGUCGUAAGGGUCGUAACUAACAAAGCAAGCGGAAGAAUUAAUUUGUGAGGAACAUAAAGUAUACGAGAACGAUAUAUUUUGUUUGGGGUUGCAGUGAAGUGAUAUUCGUAGAUUAUUUUUAACAGCUAAUCCUUCGUAUACAAUUUUGCAUAAUCAGCUAACUUACAAUGCAGUGUUGCUGUUCACGGGUAUUCGGGAAACUUAUACGUUAUGGUGCUACGCCAAAUACCGUGCAAGUGGCAGGAGUGAAGUAUUUUCCAGUGCCACAGACGUACGAUCAUAUUGAAUUUCCUGAGAAAACUAAACUCAGAUUUAUGGAUAAAGUACCGCAGAUGCAGGGAAAUAUUCGACCUCCAAAGAUGAUAAAGAACCUAAAGUUCAUGCGUGGACCAGAAGAGGUUCACAAUUUUCUUCUUCAUCAGCAGUUUGGAAUAAUUGCAUUAACUGGAGGUCGUAUGAAGUGGGGUCAUUUUGAAAUGGUUCGCCUUGGAAUUUUGCGAAAAAUGGAUCAAAAUCGUAUGUUUGCUGUAUGGAGAAUUGAUGGACCCUGGCAACCAGUUACAAAAAAGGGCCAGGGUCAGCGUAUGGGUGGUGGCAAAGGACCUAUUGAUCAUUAUGUGACACCAGUCAAAGCUGGAAGGGUCAUUCUAGAGUUGGGUGGAAGAUGUGAAUUCAUAGAAGUGAAACCCAUUCUUGAGUUGGUGGCACAUAAACUGCCAUUCGCAGCUAAGGUGGUGAAUCAGCAGAUGAUGGAAGAAAUGGCCAAAGAGGAAGAGAGAUCAGAAAAAGAGAAUUUAAAUCGUUACACUUACAAAUAUGUUGUACAAAACAAUUUAGGAGGCUGUCAUAAUUGGAUGUCACCAUAUGACAAACAGUGGUUUGGUAAAUAUAUAUAAUAACUUGGAUCAUUUAUUUGUUUGGGGUGAUCUGAGAUGGAGAAUGUUCUGAUAGAAUUGGGUACUUUGAAUGAGCGGGUGGAGACAUCGCUAGGAACAUCACUUGUGAACACUUGAAAUGGAUCCCUAGAAUCCAUUGUGGCUUAAAUUCUCAGGCUUUACAUUAAGGUGUCAACUUGAGAUGAAAAUUCUGUAAUGUUACAGAAAAGGGAGUUCAGUAAAACAACUGGUCAAAAUGAAAUAAGAACCAGCACAUGUCUGUAAGGAAGAUAUGCUUCACUGAAUCACAUAAUGAUGCCAGGAACUACUUUGUUAAGUACAUUACUAUGUAAACAUUGGGUAUUGUUUAAUUUUUUUCCUGAAAAGUGAUGUUUGGAGACUAACCCUCAUUGCCAUAAUACCACAGAAUUGGCAGUCAACCUGUAUCCAGAAAUUCUUCAUUAUCUCUAGGUUCAUUACAUUUUUACCAAGUUGAUCAUUAGGUGAGAAUACACAAGGGCUAAGAGAUUGUUAGCGAGCUGUAAAUUCAGUUCAGUCAUAUAUGACACAAUUAAAUGUAUUCAUAUACAUGUGUGUGUGAGGGCGUGCGCAAGAAAUUAAUAAAACAGAAAGGUAGAGACUUUUUUUGAUGACUCGUUACAGUAUAGAUAGUCUUUGAUGUCUAAUAAAUCUAGCAAAAAUGUUUAAGGAUAAAAUUAAGAGGUUAAGUUUUUGUACUGUGCUUGUAUAUAGCAUAUCCCACUUCUGAGAGUUUUCUUCAUGUGUGAUGUAGCAUUUUUUGGUCAACCUGUAUUUAUUUAUUUUAGUUAUGUUGUAGAUUGCCCCAAAACUCCAAUAAAAGCUGAUAUGAAGACAAGCAACAAAGUAUGAGUAUUAGGGGUGAGCCACAAAAACUGGCCCUAGCACUGCGACCUUCCAUGAUCUAUUGUGCUUCCCCUUUGGAUUAACCCUUUAUUAAUCCUACACUUCAAAGGAAAUGUAGGAAUUUAUUUAUGGGGGUGUUAUAAAAGUAACUUGGUUCCGUGAAGAAUUGACCCAGGUGGCGAUAUCUUAGGUAAGCUACAGACUCACAAUCACAUAAGAUGUGUGUGGCUGAUUCAUCUUCUUGUAGGCGCCUUUCACAAUUUGGGUCGUCUGUGAGCCCCAGUUUGAAAAGGUGCUCUUUUAGGUGGCAGUGUCCAGUAAGUAAUCCUACCACCCAUCAACAACAAAGUAACUGAAACAUAAUUUAAAUUUUAAUUUCAUUUCGAACUUUCUAAAAAUCUGUUGCCUUUUGUGUAUUUUCAUCUCACUGUGACCAUCUCUUUGAAGCAUUGAAGGAACCAAGAGAAAGUGAAUAUUGUAAAGAUAGUACAUUGUGUAAUGGUAGAAACUUCUAAUUAUUAGUGAAAUCACAAAGGGGAUGCAACACGACAAAAGUGAUGAGAGACAUUUUGUUGGUUGUAGUCUGAAGAUUCUUGUAUUAUAGCUUUCAUAAUUACUGAUCUCAAGGAAUGUGUAUCUUUGUGUCACUGGAUCCAUCAGCAUGCUCUGCCUGGAUGCAUUGUAAAAGAUAAUGGUGGUAAUAAUAAAACUUCUCAUUUAAUUUGUCA